GAGAUAGAGAGAGAGGCUGCUCGCCGCAAACGAUGGUUGUUGGAUAGAGUCUUGAAGAGCUAAUGAAAGUGGUUGGUUGAAUUGUUCGCAGAGAUUACAGAGCUCAGGAGCCUCGCGUGCUUCGCUUCACUCGGAUCCAAACAAGGAGACAAGAAACUGCUGCAGCACAAAAUAAUAAAGAAACAAGUACAGUUUCUUUUUUUUCUUUUUCUUUUCUUUUUUUUAUUAGGAAGAGGACUUGUUUUUUUCAGCCAUUUCUUUUCCCAUCCUUGAUCCACUUUAAGCAGCACACUAACUCUUCCCCAGAGGACUGGAGCAUCUCAUGCCCGGAGGAGGAGGAGGAGGACCGACCUCCCGCUUGGAUCCAGUGCACCGGCGUGCCUCACUCCUCCGGCGGGCUCAGAAGCUGCAGUUCCCGGCGUUUGCUGGGAUGUUUGAGUCGCGCUGUUUGGUGGAGGGGUGAAGGGACCGAGAGAGAGGACGGAGACACCGAGGGAGAGGAAGAAAGAGUGGAGGAGAGAGCAUGGCUCUGGUAGCGCUGUCUCUCCUGGUGCUAACGAGUCUCACCUGGGCGGACCUGGUCCAGGUGUCCGCCAACAGACACUCCGUUUACUGGAAUAGCUCCAACAUACAUUUGCGCAGGGAGGGCUACACGAUGCAGGUGAACGUCAACGACUACCUGGACAUCUACUGCCCUCAUUACAACGACAGCCAACGCAUCGUUGGCACCGGGGAGCAGUAUGUCCUCUACAUGGUCAGUUACCGUGGUUACAGGUACUGCGACCCCAACCUGGGCUUCAAGAGGUGGGAGUGUAACCGGCCUCAUGCUCCCCACGCGCCCAUCAAGUUUUCUGAGAAGUUCCAGCGCUACAGCGCCUUCUCACUGGGAUACGAGUUCCACGUUGGACAGGAGUACUACUACAUCUCCACGCCCACACAUCACCACGGCCGCAGCUGUCUGAGACUACGAGUGUACGUCUGCUGCUCCACGGUCUCUGGCGUGGAUGAUGAGCCAGAGCCCACAGAACCAGACUACACACUUAGACCAGGCCUAAAAAUUGAUGACAUUGAUGAAUUUAACCCCUUCAUUCCCAAGGUGGAGAAGAGCGUCAGUGGGAGCAGUCCGUCCAGGGAUCGCCUUCUCCUCACCGUGACGAUGCUCCUCUCGGCCGUUCUGUUCAUCUCCUAGCAACGGCCAUUCCAUCAGCGUCACCAUGCCAACUAGCCUUGGGAGGCUGUACAGUAUCAGUGGGUGGGAGAGGAAGGGGAGAGAGUGGAGGAGAGUUAAGAUACAACAACUAGAGCAGGAGGCGAGAGAAGCAAGUCUCUGUAAUGAGUUUGCAAACAUUACAGUGUGAUUGUAUGUGUGUGUGUGUGUGUGUGUGUCUGUACAGCUGUGUGUUUGUGUUGAAAUACCUUCAGGCACACAGAUUGGUUGACUGUGUGUGUAUGUGUGUGUAUGUGUGUAUGUGUCUUAACAGGCCACAGGUUGUGCUUGUUGGAUCAUGCACAUCACAAAGAGCAUUUAUACAACUUGGGGGGU